AUGGUCACCACUGAGAAGAAGUUCACGCUCAGGCACAUUUUCAAGAAUGUAUCGAAAUUGGAAGACGGCAAAGACUUGCAUAGUCCAAGCGAAGAACAUUUCAAUGUUCCAUGGAAUAUGAAAAUUCGUCACGAAAAUGAACAUUUGGGACUAUAUUUAUAUUGCACUAAAUCGAAAGAGAGUGCAUUCGCGUGGUCCAUUGAUACAGAAUAUGAACUUACACUAAGAAAUUCGCGCGGUAAACAGAUUCCAAAAAAAUCCGAGCGUCUAUUUUUGAAUACGAACGAACCAGGAUAUGGAUGGUCUCAAUUUAUUAAUGGGAUACAAUGGGGGAAGGAUUACCUGAUCGAUGAUGUUCUCAUCAUUGAAGCAACUGUCAAGAUCAGAAAUAUGACUGGAGUUUUCAAAGGCAAUCUCAGAUGGUUCGAUGAGUCAAACGAGAAGUUUUCCGAUGUCAUUAUUGCAGUCGAAAACGAGAAGUUCUACGUUUUGAAGCAGUUCCUCGCGUCUCACUCUUCACACUUCAAUGCACUCUUCCUGGGAAAAUGCGAGGAGGAAGCCGAAAAAUCAGAAUUUACACUUCAGGAUAUCGAUUCUACCGAUUUUCAGAAUCUUCUCGAAGUUCUUCAUGGAGAACCGGCUAUCGAUGAGGAAACAGUUCAAGGAAUUCUCCAUUUGGCUCACAUGUAUGAUAUGCCGUUCCCAACUCGAAAAUGCGAGGAAUUCCUUAUUGAACUAUCUGAAAAAUCGACAAAGGAAAAGCUGAAAAUCGCUAAGCAGUUCCAACUGGAGAAGUUGAAGAUGCACUGUCUCUCAAAAAUCGAUACUGUCGAUCAGAUCAAAGCGGCGAUGGCGGGCGAUCCGACUGAAAUGGAUUUAAGUGUGCUGGCGGCUCUUCUCGGAAAAUCGCUGGCUCUUCACUGA